GGAAAAUACAAGGACAAUGAAUUUGCACAGAUUGCACACGCCAACCUGCGCAGGGUCUCGCUCCUUAGCGGAGCGGUACCACUCAUGAGCAAGUUCGUCGAUGUCAGCUGUACGGAUAAGUGGAACAGCUGCGAAGAUAUCCUUGAGAGUGGCAAGUAAGUGAUCCUAACCAAGCGUUGUUCUAACGUUGCCCAAGAGCCAGCGCUAACCGACAUCGGGAAACAGAAAAAUCGCUGGCUAUGCGAUGAACGACUUUGGCAUCUUCACCGGGUACACUUACGAUAUCGUAUUCUGCCACCUUUUCUUUCUCACAGAUACGCCGGACGGUAUUUAUAAUAUAUGGAAGGAUCAACCAAAGGAAAACAUUGCUAUGGACUGGCUUGAGAACGACGCUGGAAAGGCGUUGCAUGAAAUGAUGCAUAUCAACCUCAUUACUGAAGACCGGCCCCACAUUAUCGAUCAACGUUACCAAGGCAAGCGUGUCUAUGGAUCAGCAAUGGUCGCGGAGUGGGUGACCCAGUACAAAGCGAACCCUGGAGACGUCAUCACCAAUGCCGACAGCUAUACGCAAUUUGUCAACGCUAUCUUCUUCAAGAAUAAGUUUGGCUUCCUACCGCCCCCAACCCGCGAAUCGCCUCUGGUACCACAACUUCACUGUGGUGGCGAAGACGACAGGUAUUCUGAUUCCAGCAUUGCAGAGCGACAUGUGGGUCCGUUCUGCGAGAAAUUGGGUGACACUUAUCAAGUCAACACCCGGGGGGAACUGGCUGAGCAGUACGACGAAGGAAAGCCCGAACACGUGGAGAUGAGAGCAGUCUGGAAACACCCCACUCGUCUGCAACCUGAUGACGUUGAAGCCCAAUGUAAAGAGUCGCUGCUGCGUACAAUCCACGGAUGCGACACAAACUCGCAUUGGAAGCAUGGUGGAGUGCAAACCUGGGGCGAUGAGAGCUACUCCUACUUCUUUACACCCAAGCACGAUCGACCAUCGCAGCCAGACAAGGUUCCUGGGAAAUGCGAUGUGUGGUACAAGUUCUGGUACGAUGAAUUCUACAUCUACGGCGGUGGAUGGGCGGGUCACGAUCACGGCCAGGAAAAGCUACUGCCCAACUUGAGGCGAUGCGGUGUCGUGUCUGAGUGGCGCUUCGACUAUUAUCCGGAUAUCAGGAACGACGGAGUAGAGUGGGAGGCUUACGGACGCCUUCCCAUUGGACCACAGCAGUGGGAUUGUGUACGACAAGCCGUGGUUGAUAGCGGUGGACCUUCCGACAUUGGCUGUGGAGGUAGUUAGUUGUGCACGCAAGAUAGCAGCAGCGUCCGUUCUAUCUAUACCUUGAUUAGUUAUUUGUAAUACCUCUUUUGAGCGCUUAUAU